GUGGAGAAGAACGAGGAUGCUGACCAAAAAAUUGAACAAGAUGCAAACAAACCAGAGGACAAAGCUCAUAAAGCCGCUACCAAAAUCCAGGCCAGCUUCCGCGGACACAUAAUCCGGAAAAAGCUCAAGGGGGACAAGAAAGAUGAGACUUCUGGAGAGCCAGUGGAGAACCACAAAGAGGAUGAAGCAGAAAAGACAGAGAAUGAGGCCCCCAAAAAAGAGGAACCCACCAGCGAUGGACCUUUGUCUGAAGAGGGCAAAAAGCCAGAAGGGGGUUCAGAAGAGGAAGCCAAAAACACAGAAAAGUCCACUACGGAAGAGAAGCAUGCGGAGUCAGACGGCACCGUGAAGGGUACAAGUGAAAACUGCUCGGGAGGUGACUCCAACCAAGCAAAGGAUGAGUCCAAACAAGCCAAUGUGCCUGCUGCUAGUCCCGACGCUGCUCCGGCAAAAGAGGAGCCCAAACAGGAGAAAGUGGAGAGCAGUCAAGUCGAGGAAAAGAAAGGAGGUAAAUUUAACUUGUUUGCUUUUAAAAUAUCAAAUGAUCACAUUUGUAUUUAG